CAAUCCGAGCGCUGCAGUUGUCAGUAGGCUACACUUCGUUUUCCUGGGUCCAUGUUGAAGUUGGUCAGCCCAGACUUUCUCGCAUACUCAGCUUCGUCGGGUCAUUCCAGGCCACGCGUUGCAUCUGUUCCAUCCCGCUCGCAGGUACAACAAACACCGACUACAUCCGCACAAACUCAGUAAGAGAGGAAUGCACCGGCGGAGUGUCGGAAAAUAGCAUUUCUGUGUGCCGACCUGCGUAUGUGGCUCCAAUGGUGUAAGCCGACGCAUCACCGUGGGGGAUUCUGACAGUCCGCAUACAGCCCAAGCCAGUAUCAGAAGGCAGGGGAGGGUAUGAGAAUGGUGUCUAGGCCCUGAAGCCCAGCAGCAUGUCAGAGCAAGGAGACAAAUGCACCACCCCCCGUUGGAAACAUGAGGCCAUGCAAAAUGGGUACAUCCCUAGUUACCUGGACAAGGACGAGUUAUGUGUGGUAUGUGGGGACAAAGCUACAGGAUAUCACUAUCGCUGUAUCACCUGUGAAGGAUGCAAGGGUUUCUUCCGGCGGACGAUCCAGAAGAACCUGAACCCAACGUACGCGUGUAAGUAUGAGGCAAAGUGCAUCAUCGAUAAGGUGACCAGGAACCAGUGCCAGGAGUGUCGCUUCAAGAAGUGCAUCACUGUCGGCAUGGCAACAGACUUGGUGCUGGACGACAGCAAGCGGCUUGCCAAGCGGAAGUUGAUCGAGGAGAACCGUGAGAGGCGGCGGAAGGAGGAGCUCCAGAAAACGGUGUGGGACCGGCCUGAGCCGUCCCAGGAGGAGUGGGACCUGAUCCGCAUGGUCACCGAGGCCCACAUGUCAACUAAUGCCCAGGGAAACCACUGGAAACAGAAACGCAAGUUCUUGAGUGCAGUGGGGGUGAAGGAAACCAAGCCCGAGGACAUUGGUCAAGCGCCGGUCAUAAAUGCACCUGAAGGGAGCAAAGUGGACAUUGAAGCCUUCAGUCAGUUUACAAAAAUUAUCACCCCCGCCAUUACCCGAGUGGUGGACUUUGCCAAAAAGCUGCCUAUGUUCUGUGAGCUGCCUUGUGAAGACCAGAUUAUCCUAUUGAAAGGCUGCUGCAUGGAGAUCAUGUCUUUACGGGCGGCCGUUCGCUACGACCCCGAGAGUGAGACGCUGACGCUUAACGGGGAGAUGGCCGUGACCCGCGGCCAGCUGAAGAACGGAGGCCUGGGUGUGGUGUCGGACGCUAUCUUUGAUUUGGGCUUAUCGCUGUCUUCGUUCCACCUGGACGACUCUGAGGUCGCUCUGCUACAGGCCGUCAUCCUCCUGUCCUCCGACCGUCCGGGGCUGACCAGCGUGGAGCGUAUUGAGCGCUGUCAGGAGGAGUUCCUUCUGGCCUUUGAACAUUACAUCAACUACCGCAAACACAAGGUGGCGCAAUUCUGGCCUAAGCUGCUGAUGAAGGUGACGGACCUGCGGAUGAUCGGGGCGUGCCACGCCUCCCGCUUCCUGCAUAUGAAGGUGGAGUGCCCCAACGAACUUUUCCCCCCACUCUUCCUGGAGGUCUUUGAGGACUGACGGACAGACGGAGGACUGACGGACAGACGGACAGACGCGCACGCACACACCCUGCCAAGGUGUGUGUGUUUGUGUGUGGUCGGGGUGUGUGUGGGCGCCUGUCGGGGGCUACGACAGUGGGCCUCAGAGUGGCUCUAGGCGUCUUGGGACACGUUGGAACUCUCAUUAGCACUACUGAGUCAUUUCAUUCCAUAGCUUUGGUAUAGCCUAGCUUCUCAGCCUAGUUUUUAUGGAUGGAACCAUCCCUUACGAUGCGGGUACAAGUGAACAGCAUUUUCUUUUGAUUUUUAUUUUGUAAAUGUUUCAUCCCUCCUCAGUUACUUCUCUAUAGGUCUUUUGGGUUAAUUGUACAGUCAGUCAGUCGGCUUAUUGGUGAUUAUGUCUAGUUGUUGUCGUUGACAGCGCUCGUUCAGUCAGUCAUAUGAACCAUGCAACUUCUAGUGUUUCAUUUUACUCCAGUUUAUUAUUGAGUGCUGACUCCACCAACCCUGAGAAGGUCAGUACUGUACAAGACAGUGACCGACAGCAGAAGCCAGUUAACCUGCAUUAUUCCAUUCCCUUCCUUUUUGUAUUCUCUUCCUACGAGACUUCCCCAGUCAGGGGAUGUGUAGUAGCUUUCAUAUAGGUGUCCCUCUGGUGCUGGUGUUCUGUGAGAGCUAUAUCUAUACCUGCUCAAUGCUGCCAUUCUAACACACUCUUACUUACAUCAUUCACACCAUAGAAAAAGUCAAUGUUCUGUAGUGGGAUGGCUAUUCUUAUUCUAAUUCUAUUUCUAUGAUUCACACCACAAGCUCCCACCUUGAGUAAACCUAGGCCCAUUUCUAAACAAUGGCAAGGCACAACACUAAACAACUCAUCCAUGUAGAAAAAGCUAGCUGAACGACGGCUUGUUUCUCCUCUUCUGUGUUAACCCUAAACGAUCAGGACAGAUAUAUAAGCACACUUUGACACGAAGUCAGGAAAAAGAUUAAAGCCAUUCAAUAGCUAUCUCUUUUUUUUUCAUGAUGCCACUCAUGCAGUGCCAAAAAAAAUGGGAAUUCAUCCAAUCAUUUUGGAUUGUUUCCCGGAACCAGGAUGCAUGAUCUAACCUGAUCUGAUUGGCUAUCAGUGACUUCUUCUAGAACCUAGAACAUGCUUCUGGCUCUCAUUCACGUUCUAGAGUGUAGACUUGCAUCAUGAAACAGAACGUUAUUGAAACAGAGAGAAUGUUCUUGUUGCUGUCACCAUGGCGUGUAGUUCCUGAGCUGCAGAAGGACAAAUCAGACAGACAGACACUGUGAGCUGUGAUGCUGGCAGAAAUUCCUCCUGCUGUCUCACAAGAUUCCAUGGUAACUUUUUAACUAUGUUCAAGCGUCAUAUUAUAUUCUCAAGAUGUGAGUUACUGAAAGUGAUCAUGAUCCUCCUAUAAGGACUGGUUGUUGCUAUGAUACUUGCUAAUUGGCUGAUUCAUGCCUGUAUGAAUGACAUGUGGGUAGAGUCAGGGGGUCAAACCCUUUCUAUGUUGACCACAGUCAAUGGAAUUCUGAGUCAGAGGAGAGAAUCGCUGCCACUAGAGGUGUCACACCCUGACCGUAGUAUUCUUUGUUUUCUUUGUUAUUUUAGUUAGGUCAAGGUGUGACAAGGGGUGUAUUGGUACACUAUUUAUACCGAAACGUUUGGUACGGGGACCUUGGUUUGGUCCACACUGUGAACCCGAAUGAAUAGAUAAAAAAUAUCUUAAAACAAACUACUAGGCCUAUAGGUUAUGGAUACGCUGCUUUGUAUGCCUCUUGUGUAAAUCUGAGCUGAAAAAACAACAUUUCAGGCUAUUCAGUUAAAUCAACUAGAGCCUAUGCACACAUUGUAGGCCAAUUAAAAUUAGAAUGUUAAUUGGUGCAUUUCAAACUGUCCUUUUGUGAGGCGCAGCCGGGAGCUAGUUCUGUACGAUGGCAAGUGGUGGGGUCGAUAAACCAGGAGGAUUCUCCAUCGACAGUUUGGGAACAUUUUGGCUUCCCAGUAGAUUACAAUGGCGGUGGACAGAGAGAGUAUAUCGCCACUGUAACGGCUUUCUUGGUGUGAAGGAGAGUCGAACCAAAAUGCGGCGUGGCUAUUUAGAUUCAUGUUUUUAAUGAAACACGAAUCAAUACAAAAACAACAAACGUAACAUGAAAACCGAAACAGCCUAAACUGGUGCAAAGUAACACAGAGACAGAAACAAGGACAAUCACCCACCACACACUCAAAGAAUAUGGCUGCCUAAAUAUGGUUCCCAAUCAGAGACAACGAUAAACACCUACCUCUGAUUGAGAACCAGUUCAGAAAGCCAUAGACUUUGCUAGCAAACCCCACUAAGCCACAAUCCCAAUACCUAUGAAAAACCCCAAGACAAAACACACCACAUACCAAAACGCAUGUCACACCCUGGCCUGACCAAAUAAAUAAAGAAAACACAAAAUACUAAGACCAGGGCGUGACAGCCACUGCUCAACCAGAAUAGCCUAUGCAGCUGCCAACACCUCAAACAUGUUGACGCAUUUACGCCAACACCAGAGAAAAACGGAAACGCAAAAAAAACAUUAAAACAAUUUUGUCUCCCCUCUGCAUUCAAGCAGCCCCCCGCAACUGAUUCUGACCGGGCCAAAGAAUUUCUAAGAGCGAUAGGUAUGUUUAUAGCCACGGAUAUGCGCCCAUUCUUGGUGGUUGAGAACAGGGGUUUUCAGCACCUCAUGAAAGUGCUUGAGACACUACAAAAUCCGCACUCUUGCACCCAUUUCAGCAAACGGGUUGUACCCGCUCUAUACAAGCAAGCUAAAGACAAAGUUGUCAAUGAAUUGGCCAAUAUACCCUGUGUUGUGCUUACUACAGAUGGAUGGACCUCCAGGGUAACAGAUAGCUACUUAACAGUGACACCCCAUCACAUUACCCGGAGUGGGAAAUGAGAAGUAUCGUGUGCCCAAUUUGAGAGGCACACAAUUGCGUGCCUUUGUGUCUUUGUGAGAAAACAUUAUAGCAUAGGUCUCUCUAUAUACAAUGUCUGAGCCAUAUUUACAUAUUGAUUUCAAACAUUAAUUGCACUUUUUAGUGUUGUUGUUGAUGAGUAAAAAUACUGUGUUGGUAUUCCUGAUGGUGCUCUCAUCAGGCAUUAUAUGACUCAUGUAUGGAAUCAGGAAUACCAACACUUUGUAUUUUCUUAAAUAAACCAAAAUUAACUACAGUAAAUGUUAGCCUGUCAUUUUCCCCACUGUGCCGAAACCCAAUGGAAUCGUGACCCCAAAACCACAAUACAUACACAACCGUGGGUUUGGUGAACCAUUACACCCCUAGCUGCCACAUUCAUUAAAAAAAAUAUGAUGCAACAUCAGCAGGGUACAGAGAAAAACUUGAUGAUAAAAAAAGCUCUUUAUUUUGGUUGUAUAUUUCUUUAAAAAAAGGUUGUAUGAUAUUGUGGUUUGUUUGCAACAGUUAAAAAAAAGUAAACUUUGUGUAAAAAUCCAACUAUUAUAAGCUUCACACUACUCCUCAAAGCAGCUUGUGUUUUCUCUGUAAAAGUGAUGCCUUUCAUGAAGCAAUAGAAUUCGCAGUGUUUAAAUGACUAGGACCUCACAAUUCACACAAACUGCACAGUUAACAAUGCGCAGACAAUCAGAGAGAGACAGACAGGUAAUUGGAAACAGGAAGUGGUGCAGGGUCCAAAUACUUCCUGGUUUACAAGUUGAAUAGGGACACGGGCUAAGUCAAUGGCCCUAGAAUGAGUUGUGACAAUCAGCAUAUUUGAGGCUAUUCGUUUGAGACAGGCAAGGCGGCACAGAAUGGCAAGUCUUGAUCACAUAAUGACUAGUUAUUUGGAAUGCAAGGUGAUUUAUAGUCGUCUGUAGUUGAUCUCAAACAUGCACUCUGCUGAAUGUCACCUUAUUCCACAAGAUACGUCUUAAAGCGCCAGUGUGGUAUUUUCUCUCGCAAGAGUGGUCACUCUUAAUAACUCAGUUACAAACCAAUAACAAAUGUUGCACCAAUAGAAAAGAAGCUAUUUUACAGUACUACAGAGGAUAAGGAUGUAUAUUUUCAGACUGCAGAAUUUUUUUACAGAUAUUGUAUGCAUUAUGAACAUUUUACUGUUUUACGUAAAUAACGGGAAAAAACAAUCUUUCUCUCAAUUUCAUUGCAAAACCACAAUGACAUACUGUUCUAGAUUUGCUUUAGAUAUAACUAUGUGAACAUCAUGAACUAGUAAGAUUCAUAGACAGAUUGAAGUGUUAGUUUCACCUUGACAAAAUAUCUGUUGGUUACUGUAUGGAACUAUAUCAGUGGUGGCUGGUGGCACUUUAAAUAGGGAGGACAGGCUCAUAGUAAUGGCUGUAAUGAAAUGAAUAGUGGUCUCAAACACAUCAAACAUCUGGUUCAAAUGUGUUUGAUACCAUUCCAUUCACUAUUAUGAGCCCGUCCACUCGUCACCAGCCUCCUCUGAACUCAACAUAUACUAUACUGCAAAGUUGGCCAGGACAAUUUGAAUAAAAACCAGCUCCAUUUCUGAAAGCCAAGCAAAUCCACUCACUGUUUUAAAGAAUAACAAAUUAUUUACUUGUGUGUUUUCUUGACUUAAUGUUUUAGCAGACAAAUACCAACAAUAUGUUGUUCAUGAUGUAGUAAACGUUUAUCAAUGAUAUCCGGAAUAUUGGAUGACAAGUCUAUGGAGAGAAAGAGUGAGAGAAUGAACUUGUGGUGUUAGUGUAAUUGAUUGAGAAUGAGUCUGUGGGUGUAGUGUUUUUGUACCAAAUUGAAACGUGUUGCACACAGCGUUGCCUAUGGAGUUGAAUCUGACCUGUUUUGACUUGGGUACCCUGGAAGAAAAGACAAGUUGCACAAAAAAUAUAAUAAUUAUGAAUUUGGAUCCUCAUGAUUAUGAUGCCAUUUGCACGUAAUGUGAAUUGGAUCUUGAGAAUAAAGAUGGUUUUAAGAAAA